AUGCCUUCUUACACAGACGUCCCAAGUCAGCCCUGCGCUGUCGAUACGCCACCGGACAUCAGUUUUGCACGGUCCCUGCGGCAACCACCAAAGCAGCCUAACACAGCGCCCGGGGUGGUUCGUGCAGCUAUCAUCACAUUCCUUAAUGGUAAGGCCAACAGGGCAUGCGAUUUGGCAGAGCUUGCCUCGCUUCCACAGUGGUUGGAAUGGACAGGGCGACCAAAGUUGAAAACAUUCAUCAAAGAUCUGGUCAUUCUGGAAACAGUUAAGAAGGCCAGAAUUGUCGUACGCUUGCGGCCAUUUUACUUCACACAGCGUACCAUCACAGAAGAUGCGGACAAAGAUGUUUCCCCAAUUGGUAGCAUUACCAACUCUAGCAGUCCUGCCAAGUAUGGGCCUGCGCAGGAACCUCUGGCAACCACUUCACAUGCAAGUGCUUCUGUGGUUCGGGCCAUGGGCGCCCAUGAACCUCAGAGUGGUGGUGUGCUCCUCAGCGAGCCUCCUCCUUUCGAUUCAUCCUGCAGGUUGGGCCGAGAAGUAGGCGGGACAGUGAUAGAUUUGGCCAGCGUUGAAUCGGAAUCAAUGCUUGGUCAGACCCUCCUCGUGCAGCCCUUGUGCAUUCGAUGGACCCAUGACAAGUUGCAGCAGAUGUUCACAUGCGGGCGGCGCUUGAAGCAUGUUGCUGACCAGCUCAGGGACAAGUCGAUUUCUCCUGAGGCUCGUGUUGGACCCGUGGCUCAUUUCCUGAAAGGCCUGACCACUGCAACUGAUGGUUGGUCCGUGGAAUUCUACCCUCCCUGCAUAUGUCGCAAGUGCGGGAUUGAGUUCCCGAACAAGAAGGGAGUGCGAUGGCACGCAUGCAAGGGGUUCAUGCAGUAUUCAGCACUGGAUUGGGAUGACCAGGCCUCUGAGGCCUCGGAAGCCUCGGAUGGCUCUGAGAUGGGAGACUAUGGGGAGGACGGGUGCUGGUAUUCCGACGCUGCGUGGUCUCAGCGCCUUGAGACAGAUGAGUACUGGCAGAGUGACGAUUGGGGUCGUGAUCCCUUGUGGCGUGCUGCAGCCAGUGGAAAUCACCAGCUUGCAAGCCGUUUGCUGGAAGCAGGGGCAGAUGUUGACGCGUGCGACUGCGAAGGUGUUUCGCCGCUGCUUGCGGCAGUGCGGAGAGGACAAUGGUAUGUGGCUGAACUGCUCCUCCAGUAUGGCGCAUAUCAAGCUCCUUGGAAGUGGACAGCUCGGAAGGGCAAAAAAUGGUCCAGUUGCAGAGCCACAAGAUACGACAGGAUUGUCGCAGCUGUGAAGUCUGGUCGGAGCAUCUCUGGACGUGAUUUGAUCAUCAAGUGCAAGCCGAAGUCUAAGGCAAAGUCCAAACCGAAAUCCAAGGCCAAAGCAAAG